UCACUCUCCAAUAAUUUCUUUGAUUAACAGUUCUGUUUGCUAAGAAAAAUGGGUUCCAAGGCCUUUCUUUUGCUAGGUCUUUUGUUGGCUAUUGUUCUUCUCAUCUCUUCGGAGGUGUCAGCGAGAGACCUGGCUAAGACCUCCUCUCACCAGAGAAAAGUGGAGGCCACCAAAGAGGCCAAUGGAGUAGAUGAUGCCAAAUACGGAGAAUUUGGAGGAAAACCUGGUGGCGGAUAUGGGGGAUACACAGGUGGUGGAUCUCGAGAUCGUAGAAUUCUUUCAGGUGUGUGCGGCGGCCGGAAUCCCUGCCAGAACCGUCAGAACGAAGGUGAGGGGGGUUGUCCCCGAUCUACUGAUGCUGAAACCGAAGCCAAGCCUCAAAACUAAAGCAACAUAUAUAUAUAUAUAUA